AUGUAUCCUAGUUUACCCACGAAACAUAAUUAUAUUCCAUACUGCUUUUACAUAGGUUGCUUUAUCAACGACAAGUUCUACACUGACGGCCAAAGGCUGCCUGCGGACCCCACAAAUCCUUGUGAGACAUGCUACUGUGUGAGGAACAGUUCUGCUUGUGUCCUUCAAGACUGCGUGCUACAUAUUGAGGGCUGCUCGCCAGUUUUUAAUAAACGCAAACCAACAUGUUGUCCUUCGAGAUACGAUUGCUCUGCUAUGGCGGACCAAGAAACUUUAACAACUGUCGCUCCUGGAGGCUGUGAGCAUGAGGGAAUGAUGUUCGUCACUGGUGACUCAGUGCCCAGUGUCGACAAGUGCCAGAACUGUUAUUGCAUGCCAAAUAAUACUGUUAUCUGUCAGAGCCAGGAGUGUCAGACACCCCCAGGAUGCACCGCUGGAGAACUUCAAGAAGGAGAAUGCUGUCCCACCAAAUUUGAUUGCCCUACGACGACUACAAUUGUGCCUCUUGAGGAGGCCACAGCCGUAGAAAUGGAAGACACUACCACCACGCCGAAGUCAGCAUCUAGUUCACCUGAACUCGCAACCGAAACUUCCUCUACUGACCUAGGGUCUCAAGCUAUUACUGCUGAAACGGAACAACCUGUAUUUUUCUCGGAAGCAACAACGGCGUCAGCUGAGGAAACCACACGGAUCUCCGAUGGCGGGUCCCGAGAGGAGCAAGGAAGAGCCGAUGAUUCUUCCAGGUGUGAUGUCGACGGCGUGGUGUACAAAAUAAGUGAGACUAUUCGGAUGAAAGACCCGUGCUUAGCCAACUGCACAUGUGGAGCCGAAGGUGUAAUUCAGUGUGAUCACAUCUCCUGCCAUGAGCCUCAAGAGGACGUUUCGAAUUGUAAGGUGGUCAAGGAAGAUAGCCAGUGCUGCCCCUACUACGACUGCCCUCAAGACAAAACGACGCCGGCUCCCAGUCUCAAUGAUUGCGUCAUCGACGGCAAAACGUAUUCGCACAACACAACGGUACCUCAGGAUGACCCUUGUAAGAGUUGCACAUGCCUCUUCGAGGAACUUGUCUGUGCUGUAGAAGAAUGUGUUGAGGACGGUUGUACAUUAUUGCCACCAACAAAGGACAUUUGCUGUAACUAUAUGUGCGAAGACGAAGAGGACGAAACAGGUACCACUCCCAUUCCUUCCGAUGACGUUAAAUCAGUGUCUACUACAACGAUUCCAGAUCUCGAAGCAGUAAGUGAAGUGACUGGUUCUACUGAAAGCACAACCACAGUUGAGGCUUCUUCAGAGGGCGCAGCCGACACUGCGACUGCAUCGAGCACCGAACCUUCGAAAAUGACCAGCCUCUUCUUAUUUGCUUCGAUGGAAAAUACGUCCACGGAGAGCUCUAGUGACGUUCCACCACAAGAAUCAUCAACUACCCAUACUUCAAGUGAAUUAUCAACUGUAGAAUCUUCAAGUGAGGUGUCUAGCGGCAGCUCCACGGAAGCUCUUUCCGAAGAAACAACAAGUGUUCCCCCGUCCGAGCAAACUACUGAAUCCUCUACCGAAAUGUUGGAACAAUCCUCCACGGCGUCUUCAACAGGAGCAACUAGUGAAGCUGCCACAGGAGCUUCUAGUGAAGGGUCUACUGAGGCAUCUAGUGAAGCCUCGACAGUAGCUUCCAGCGAAGGGUCUACUGAGGCAUCUAGUGAAGCCUCCACAGAAGCUUCCAGCGAAGGGUCUACUGAGGCAUCUAAAGCCUCCACAGUAGUUUCCAGUGAAAAGUCUACUGAGGCAUCUAGUGAAACUUCCACAGAAACUUCCAGCGAAGGGUCUACUGAGGCAUCCAGUGAAACUUCCACAGAAGCCUCCACAGAAGCCUCUAGUGAGUUGUCUGGUACAGUUACGACUGAAUCUACCAGCGAGGCCUCCUCUGAGUCUACAAGCGAAGUUUCCAGCGAACCAGCUACGGAAAGUGCAACCGAGGCUGCAUCUGACGAAACGUCCCUCGCCUCAACAGAAACUUCCGAAUCCACCCCUGAUAUAUCUACAGAAGGUUCGUCCUUGGCUGAAGGAUCUACAGAGUCUACGAAUGAAUUAUCUACCUCUCGUAGCGAGUCUACUGAGCUAUCUUCAGAGGCUACGACUGAUUCAACUCUCAUAACAAGCGCUACCGAUUCAAGUUCGGAUGCAACUUCAGCGGAUCAAACUACAGAAGCCUCAUCUGAAGGUUCACCCGAAGCAUCUACUACAAGUGGCUCAGAGCAACAGACAUCUUUCGGAACAACCGCAUCGGCGGAAACUGAAUCCGACACGCACAUAUCUUCAACGUCUUCAGAAGCUGUCACUUCCACUGAGCCGGGAUCUUCAGACAGUACGGGAGAGACUGAAACAGAUUGCAUGGUUGAUGGCGAACACUAUCCCAAUAAUGGUCCGAUCCCCACGGACGACCCAUGUCAAAUCUGCCAAUGCGUCGAUUCGGAGAAGGUCUGCGCAACUGAACAGUGUGAAGAACCCGAGGAAGGCUGCACGUUAAUGCCUCCAACGAAGGACGAAUGCUGUAAUUACAAAUGCGCUGACGACACCACGUCCGAAAUGCCUGCUAUUGAAACCACGUCUAAUGCUGGUCAAACAACCGCUGCUUUUGGCGAAGAAGUUACGACCAAAUCUGAAAGUACAGCAGGGUCAGUUGCUCCGGAAGGCUCCACUGAAUCCACCUCAUCCUCAUCGGAAGCUUUAACAGAAUCAACUGAAAUGGUGUCAACUACUAAUGAGGGAUCGUCCACUUCCUCAGUUUCCCAAUCUGCUCUUGAGGAAUCUACAAGUGCUUUACCUGGAGCUUCCACCGACACUCCUGCUGAAGGCAGCACAGGAGCCUCAACUGAAAAGCCUAUCGAUGCCUCAAGUGAAGGGAGCACGGAAGCUUCAACCGAAUCAUCUACCGGUGCUCUUACUGAAGGCAGCACGGCUUCAUUUGAGGCGAUGUCGGAGACUUUGCCAACAGAAGCGGUUGAAGCUAUAUCUGCUACGGCCUCGGAAACGUCCUCGGAGCAGCCAACAACGGCUGAGGUUCCAACUGCAGAGAGCACAGCAGGGUCUAUGAUAAUGCCUUCAACAACUGAAAGUACAAGCCCUGACAUCGCUGAGGGUUCAACAGAAGCAGAAGCAGUUUCUUCAACGGAAAGUGAAGAAACUUCAACCGAGGCGUCUUCCAGUACAGAAAUGGAAUCCACGACAUCCAAAACUGAAAGCAGCACCGAGACUCCUUCUUUAGUAGCCGAAACGGAAGCUAUGUCUACCGUCAGCCCAGAAGUGUCAACGGGCUCUACGAGUGAAUCGUCGAGCGAAAGUUCCCAAUCAUAUACAGAAGUUCCCGCAGACACCAGUGGUGUAAGUGAUAGCUCCUCCACGCAGGCAGACAUUUCAACGGAUGUAAGCAGCGAAGCUUCAACAGAAGACUACACUGCAGCUAGUUCGACUACGGAAAGCUCAACGGAUUCUGGUAUUGAAACUUCGAAGAUGGUGGAUGGCACAGAAACGAGCCUUUCCCCUGCUGAGGAUUCAGACGUACCCAGCACCAAAGCUCAUUCUGAAACUUCGACUGGCGAAACCUUACCGAGUUCGUCUGCUACCUCUGAAGGCUCUACUGAAACCGAGAUUGAAAGUAAAGCAACGACCUCACCAAGUGAAAAGGACAUUGAGUCAACUACAGAAGCUUCCGAGGGCACUUCUUCUGCAACAACCUCUAGCAGCACAGAAUCUUCAAGCAACGACUGUAUCAUUGAUGGCAAAAGCUAUCCAAGCAACGGUAUUAUUCCAUCGGAAGACCCAUGUCAGAUCUGCCAAUGUAUUGAUUCAGAAAUGGUGUGCGCCAACGAAGUAUGCGAUGAGCCCGAGGAGCACUGUAAGCUUAUGCCUCCUACCAAAGAUGAAUGCUGUAAUUAUAAGUGUGCCGACGAAACUUCAUCGGAAAUACCUUCAAUUGAAAGCAAAUCAAGUGUAGAUAAAACUACCGCAGCUCUCCCUGAGAGUACGGAAGGUGCUGUGACGGAGGCCUCAUCUGAGGCAGCAGAGACCGGGUCCACAGUGCCAGGUGAAGGUUCCACAGAGGAACUCGAAUCUACUUCCACUACAUACGGCUCUACUACCAAGAAAAGCUCUGAGGAAACUACAGACUCGUCAACUGAAAUAAUUUCAAGUGAGGCAACAGGAAAGACCACUUCUAGUACCGAUUCCGGAUUAUCUACUAGUCCUGCGGAGGAGACAUCUACAGAGUCUUUUACCGAAACAAUAUCUUUGCCAGCUGAAAGCUCAAGCGAGGCAUCUAGUGAAUCUUCUACAGUGGAUCAGACUUCUUCAGGGUCUACUGAAUCCAGCUUUGAACUUUCUACUGAAAUCUCUAGUCAGUCAUUUAGCGGCGAUUCCACCGACACCUCUAUGGCGUCAACAAGUGCGGUGGCCGAAGGGCCAACGGAAGCGUCUACCCCCGAAGCGCCCACUGAAGGCUCAACAGCGGAAUCGCCAAAAUUAGAAAGUUCUUCAUCAACUCAAGGCACAACCGAAUCUGUGCCUGAAAUUUCUACUGAUGCCUUGAGUGAGGGAGUCACGGAAGCAAGCUCUGCGCCUACCGAAGGAACAACUGCAACCCCGAUUCCAGUCGAUGAAACGUCCGAACCUGGCUCAACAGAAGCCCUGUUCUCUACGCCUACAGCGAGUAGUACUGCGUCAAGUCCAUCACCUGUAGAAGGUUCCACUGAAUCGAGCUCUGAAGCUUUAACUAGUGGUUCAGUGGAGGACGUCACGUAUCCAAGUACUGUACCAGCUGAAGAUUCGACUGGCCCCACCACGGAAAUUUCCACAGAAGCGUCAACUGAAGCGACUGCUGACACCAGCUCGACAACACCCGCUGAGGGAUCUAGUGAAGUUACAAUGUCACCCGAAGUUUCAACAGAACUUAGUACACAAGCCACUUCAGAAGCUACGACAGAAGGUGCCACUGAAACGGGUCCCACAGAUUCCGCCGAGAGAGCAACAACACAACCUAGUAUUGAGACUUCUUCCACGGCACCAACAGAGAGCUCUACGGUUCCUGCUGAAGGCUCGUCAGAAGUCGCAGAGACUGAAAUGGCUUCUUCCCUGAGUCCUGAAACCGAAUCAGCAGCAACAGUGGCAUCAACUCAGCCUGAACUCAGCUCCGACGGUGCUGCACCAGAUAUUACAACGGGUACUUCUAAAGAAGGCUGUAUGGUGAACGGAAAGGCUUAUCCGAACGACAGUGAAAUCCCUUCGGAGGAUGCUUGCCGUAUUUGUAAAUGUAUUGACUCAGAAAUGGUAUGCGCUGAUGAAGUAUGCGACGAACCCGAGGAGGGCUGCGAGCAGACGCCUCCUACUAAGGACGAGUGCUGCAAUUAUGAAUGCAAACAAGAAGACGCCGUGUCAACGGACAAAUCGCAGAUUGAGAGUAAGUCAGGUCUGGAUCUAACAACUGAAGAUCUGGAAAGCUCCCAAUAUUCUACCGGCGUCCCAAGAGUUUCAACUGAGGCAUCAACAGAAAGCAAGAAAUUGCCUUCUACUGAAAAAUCGAUUGAGACCUCUACCAAUGCGUCUGAAUUGAGUUUAGAGGGGGCAACUGAACCUCCUAUGCCUGAAUCUGUGACAACCGAGGCAUUUGAACCAACAACAGGCGCAUCGACAGAGCAGGGUUCGGAAACCAGUGAAUCACCUACGGACGAAAGCAUAGCUACUGAAUUGGAAGAGUCAACUCAAGUAUCCACGGCUGCAAGCAAAAUAUCCACCGAAUCUGAAGGGUCAACGACAACCCCCGACACCUCGCAGGAGACCAGCCUAGCCGCCGUCACAGCAGGCACAGAAGCUUCAAGUGAGCCUGCUCCUUCAACUACAAAUUUGGACGCUACCAAGGGUACAUCCGAAGUUCCGACUACGGACAUGUCAGGCUCAAGUGCAGCUUCGACAGAAGUCUUUAGGGAGCCGACCGAGAUGGCUAGCGAAUCGACCGCUACAGUCGAAGCUUCGAGUAAACAGUCUACAGAAGCAGCUAACGAAUCCACAACAGAGACUAAGGGUGAACUUCCCGCCGAAGCAACUAGCGAACCACCUGCGGAAACACCAGGUACCCUUUCCACAGAGACAUCCAGUGAAGCGUCAACGGAGGCUACGAGUGAAUCUUCAACAGAGGCGCCAAGUGAUUCCUCUACGGCAGUAUCCUCCGCUGCUGAAACGGAAGCCAUUUCCAUGUUAUCUACUGACGCUUCGUCUGAUAGUAUUACCAGUGCCAUGACGACUUCAGCGUCGGAGAGUAGUUCCGAAGCCUCUUCUCAAACUUCAGACGAAGCUGCGACUGCGACGACCGGAACACCUACUGAGGAGACAUCCACUCAGUCAUUAGCCGACAGUAUGCCUGACACUUCUUCUGCGUCAGACGGUACAGACGAAGCAUCUACCCGAAGUUCAGCUAUCACUACCUCAAGGACUACAGAGCCAGAGACAGAAAGCACCACUGAUAAGCCUACUGAACCAACCUCAACGGAAGCAUCAGUUGCAGGUGACUGUACUGAAAAAGAAAAAGUGUAUCCGCAUAAUACGACGGUACCGCGCGAAGACCCCUGUGAAAUAUGUACAUGUAUCUACUCCGAAAUCAUUUGUGCCACCGAGAUUUGCCCAGAGCCUAUGGACGGCUGCACCAAAAUGCCAAAAUCUGGCACCGAAUGUUGUGUGUUCAAAUGCGAUAGCAGCACCACUCCUACAGCAUCCGAAGAAACUAUGCCCGGUUCGACUACACAAGAAGCUGAGCCGUCACGCGAGGACACAUCCACCCCUGAAACAACACCGCAGGUUAUUAUGGCUGAAGUAACAAGCCAGGCAUCAACUGAACAGCAGGUCGAAGUUACGUCAUCAGCCACUUCCGAACAACCCGUCACAAGCACCACCGAGCCGCCCUCGCUUAACGCCACCGAUUACGAUGAAGAAGAGGAGGUGACAAUUGCCCCCGGAGAGUGCGUGUAUGAAGGUCGCGUAUACCAGAGCGCUGCGCAAAUUCCUCGACCUGACCCGUGUGAUUUUUGCUUCUGCUUCCGAAGUGAUAUUAUCUGUUUGCAGCAGACAUGUCCUCCGCCCAUACCGGAAUGUCACGAAACUGCUAUCAACGGGUACUGCUGCCCACGUUACGAAUGUCAUGUGAAUAUGGCGUACAGAAAUACUACAAGCGCGAUCGUAACGACCACUACAACGACGACCGAGGAGCCGAGCAGAGCUGACGAAGAAAAAGGCUGUCAGGUAAAGGGCCGUUUCUAUCGCGUUGGUGAACUCGUCACAGCAGUAAGCUCGCCAUGCAUGGAGUGCCGUUGCGACGAGACGGCAACGAUGAAGUGCGACCCUAAAGAUUGCCAACAGAAUGCGCCUCUUCUACUACGGAUGAACCGGUCAUUCUUCCGCUCAAGCACUUAGUUUCAAUACUGUGACAUACCAAUCUGCAAGCUGCCACCCGAAACAGAGCAUAGGCUUCUAGACGUCAGCCAGCUAUAGAGAAAUUCCCUUAUACAGACGCCACGAUAAGGAGCAAGCUGCAGGCCAUGUUUACAACUGGGCCCCGUCACUCGAGGUGGCCUUCUACACAUCUGUUCCCCUCUGUUUCUAAGUCAUCGUAUAAACCUUAAUUAGUAUUAAUUCUUAACUAGAAUUAUUAGCGUUAUUAAUACAUAGUCUUGCAGUCAAUCCUAUCCUAACCGCUGCUAUGUCCAUCAACUGUUGCUGAUUGGUACGACAUUUCUAGUUUCCCGCGAGACAGCGAGGCGGUCUUCCUCUCGAACCCGUUCAUUGUAUAUUGGUG